AUCUUUUCUACGUCUUAGAAUUUAAAAUUUUAAUCUAGAGAGGAUUUGAAAAUAAAAUUUUUAAGCAACUUCAAGCAAGGAAAAUGUAAUGGUACGACAUAUCUUGAGAAGGUGUUGGCAACACUGUUUUAUUUAUGUUUUGUAUCAAGGUUAGGUAUUCCAGAGUUAGCAGCCAAAAACCUAACUUUUGAAGGUGUAUUGGGAUGAUUUCAGUUUCAAGAAGAUUUCCCAUUUUAGGUUUUUGGAGAAUGUCGACGGUGGCAAAUGCGCAGGCGGGUCCAGUAGAACAAACUAUGCACAAGAAACUUACUUCAUGUUUCGAGCCUGUUCAUUUGGAACUUCACAAUGAAUCUUACAUGCACAAUGUGCCUAAAGGUUCUGAAACCCACUUUAAAGUCGUUGUCGUUUCCUCACAGUUUGAAGGCAAACCACUAAUACAGAGGCAUCGCGCAGUAAAUGAUGCUCUCUCAGAGGAGUUAAAAAGCGGUGUUCAUGCCCUUUCCAUAAUAGCCAAGACACCGGAACAAUGGGAAAUCAGCACCAAGGAGGUGGAGCCAAGUCCCAAGUGUCGAGGAGGAUUUGGGAAAUGAACUUCAUUACGCACGAAGAAUAUUUAAUUACAUGCAUACUUUAUGAAAAUUAAUUCUAUGUUAAACCUGAAUAGAUGAUCUCUCGCAAAACCA